UCUCACUUGUCUUAUAAGUAUCAAAACUCAAAAGCUUUACAAAGCAUAUCAUCACAUCAACAAACUCAGAAUCGGAGUUUGAGUUUCUAAUUUGGAACCAAUCAGCAAUCGGAAAAAAAUGAAGGGUGGUUUGCUUGUGGACAAUAAAUUUAGUCACGGGCAAGACAAGAACUUGACUGUUCGGAAAACUUCUCUCUUUUUCGCCGGAGAUGGUUUCACGGUUUACGACUGCAAGGGCACUUUGGUCUUUCGGGUGGACUCUUACGGUGGUCCCAACAACCGCGACAACGAUGAGGUUGUCCUCAUGGACGCUCACGGUCGCUGUCUCCUAACCCUCCGACGAAAGAGGCCGAGUUUGCGACGGAGAUGGGAGGGGUAUCUCGGGGAGAGAACAGACGGUCAAAAACCGAUCUUCGGAGUGAGGAGAUCGUCGAUGAUCGGGAGGAACAGCGUGACGGUGGAGGUUUACGCGGAGUACGAGUGCAACGAGUACUUGAUCGAAGGAAAUUUCGGGCAAAGGAGCUGCACCGUGGUGGAGGCGGAGACGAGGCGGAAGGUGGCGGAGAUACGUCGUAAAGUGGAUGCGUCAACGAACGUGAUGCUUGGGAAAGACGUUUUCUCGUUGAACGUGAAGGCCGGUUUUGAUGGAGCCUUUGCCAUGGGAUUGGUCCUUGUGCUUGAUCAGAUCUACGGUGACGAUUACGUCGAGGUUGGUGAAGAACAGGUGCACCCUUACGCAGAAGAUCAUUAAUUUCUUCUUUUCUUUUCUUUUUGGGUGGGAACCAAAAACGAGUGGAAAUAAUAAUAUCUAUCUAGUUGUGAGCUUCUGUCGGCUUGAAAGGAACGAUCUGGACAAAUAUUUCUCGUCUGUCACUUGCUGUGAAUGAAUUUUAUUUGAAUUA